AAUUUUAUUUGGUUGGCAGUUCUCUUGGGUCAUCGAAGAUCUGUCAAGAUUUUCAUUAAUUUAUUACAAUAAAUUCAGAUUACCAGUCCAAAUCACUACAAAAAUGGACCAAGCUCCAGUUCGUGUAUCACCCCUUAUCAAGUUCGGUAGAUGGAGUUUCCUCGGCGUAGGAGUAAUGUAUGGUGCAUUCCACCAAAACAGACUAUCAAAGAAGGAAACAGCUUUCAGGGAAAUCGACAACAAACGCAAAGCUGAACGCGAUGCUAAAUUGGCCAUUGAAAAGAAAGUUGCUGCCGAUAGAGAAAUUAAAGAACUUGAAGCUCUUGCUAAAUAGACAAUUUUUGUUAUGUAAUUAAGUAAUAGUGGAAUAUAAGAUUUAAGUUUUUUAUUUGUUAAAAUUGUAGACCCAUCCCAACCAACUUUUAUUAAAAGAAUAUAAAUUUAAAUAUUUUUAUUUGUCAAAUUGUAAAAUUACACUUUAUAAUAUCCAAAUAAAUAUAAAAUAAUAAA